CCUUUCGGUUGCAUAUCGACAUAUGCUUGAAGAUUCAAGGGGCGGUAUCUCCAUGACGUUUCACGUCGAACCUCACGUUGGACUACUAAAUCCAAGCAACGGAGACGUAGCAGGAACCAAAGUGAAGUUAUUCUCAAUAAUCGUGAUUUAACAAGGUAACCGAACUAUGACCCUCGUCCAAGUGUCAUCCAACAAAUGCAGUGGCGGCUACCAGAAGGUGUUCGAGCAUGACAGCACUGAGCUGAAGUGUAAAAUGAAGGUUGCUGUCUACCUGCCUCCUAAAGCUGAGAAUGAGAAGUGUCCCGUGUUCUACUGGCUCUCUGGGUUGACAUGCACAGAGCAGAACUUCAUCACCAAGGCUGGCAGUCAGCAGGCGGCUUCUGAGCACGGAAUCAUCAUCGUCGCCCCAGACACCAGCCCACGUGGUUGUAACAUCGAGGGUGAAGAUGAGAGUUGGGACUUUGGCACGGGGGCUGGUUUCUAUGUUAACGCCACCCAGGAGCCCUGGAAGACCAACUACUGCAUGUACACCUAUGUCACUGAGGAGCUCCCUCGUUUGAUCAACACUAACUUCCCUGCUGACCCAGAGAAGAUGUCCAUCUCCGGCCACUCUAUGGGGGGACACGGAGCCCUCAUCUGCGCCCUGAAGAACCCUGGAAAAUACAAGGCUGUUUCUGCGUUUGCCCCCAUCUGUAACCCCAUCCAGUGUGCCUGGGGUCAGAAGGCCUUCUCUGGGUACCUAGGAGAAGACAAGAAGACCUGGGAGGCAUAUGAUGCCACGGUACUGGCAGCGUCAUACUCCGGCCCACAGCUGGACAUCCUGAUCGACCAGGGUCGUGAUGACCAGUUUCUGUCGGCCAGCCAGCUGCUUCCUGACAACUUGAUCGCCGCCUGCUCAGAAAAGAAGAUUCCUGUUGUGUUCAGGCUGCAGCCGGGCUACGACCACAGCUACUUCUUCAUCUAUUCCUUUAUCACCGACCACAUCAAGCACCACGCCAAGUUCCUCAACGCUUAAGACUGACUGCUGGACCAGAACCCUCUUCUGUGCUUUCUACCCCAACUGUGCACCUGGUAUUGUCCACCUGUCCCAUCCAGAGAGGCCGAGCUAAAAUUAACCUGAUGCGCCUUGUGAGCUGAAAUGAACACACUUGCUAUGUUGAGUCAACCUCAGAACAGACAAUAGUGGGGCCAGGAUGUUUGGUGUUAAGAGGAGCUUGCUUGCGAAUAAUGUGGUUACUCCAACUGUAUUUCUGAAAUAAAGGUUAUUACUUUUGA